AUGGCGAUGGCGAUGACGACGACUACGGCCGCGGGCCGCAAGGUGAAGGUGCAGGCGCGCGGGCAGGUCGCGGCGCUGUCCCUGCUGCUCGUGGUGCUGGCAGCGGGGCUGGGCGGAGGCGCCGAGGCGCAGCAGACAACGUGCGCGGGGCAGCUGAACGGGCUGGCCCCCUGCUUGCGCUACAGCGUGCCGCCGUUGCCGGGGCAGGCGCCGCCGGCGCCCGGGCCGGACUGCUGCUCCGCGCUGGGGGCCGUGUCCAGGGACUGCGCCUGCGGGACGUUCGGCAUCAUCAACAGCCUGCCCGCCAAGUGCGGCCUCCCGCCAAGUGAUAAGCUGACGGCCAGUGCAUCGCGCCAGGCAAAAGGUGAAGGAUCCAAGUUCCAAACAGACUGA